AUGCUGGCAGAGUUCAUCAACAUUGCUGCCAGGCUCAUCGGGCCUGAUGUCGCCGCUGAGAUUGACCAGACACGGGUACAAGAACUUCGAGACGUGUACGUGAAGAUGUCGGGUCAAACCUGCUCGUCUAUCAAGCGGUGGAUCUCCCAUGUGUGCGUGGGAAUAUCCUCCAGCAACAGUCCGGCAGAGUUUGAUUCAUCCUGCCAACAUGAAUUUGUGGCUCUCUUGGCGGCGUCUUUCAACUUUACCGAUAGGUACCUGGCAUGGUCGAUAGGAAUCAAGCUGGUUCUGCUGGUGCAGCUUAUUCUACCAGCACUUCGCCAAGCUGUGACGAAUGCGUUGAAUUAUCUGUGCUGCAUUUCGUCAUCACGGGACGAGAUAUCUACUGGAGCUAUAGAGCUCAGCCUGCAGCAAUCGUUGCCUCCAGUUGACUACGAUAAAGCGCUGAGCAUGUACCUGUCCUCGGUUCGAGUGAGGGACCCAGAUCGUUUGGCAGCUGAACGCGAGGCUUUUGAGAGGGAAUGGGCUAUUCGGACAGGUCGAACGCUGGCAGAUAUACGCACCCCGCGCGUGUUAGUUGCUGCCAGUGACUUCGGCGCGAUUGUGCGCACCCUGAUGCUGCGCCGGCUAACAGCGAUCUGCAAGUUCGACUUGAGCAUGAGCAUGUCGAGCGACGGGAAAAUGGUGCUCGUUCACAUUUUCGCUUCUGACAAUCUUCUGCUGGCAACACUGUGUGAUAUGGAGACGUACCGCCUGCAAUUCGCAGACGCCAUUGACCCAGGAAGGAGCUUCUGGCGCGACAAGAAGGAAGUGAACGCGGACCAGAAGGUGCUCGACGCGAAUACGGUGAAGCACAAGUUGAAGCUGCUGUUAGCUGACAACGCCAUGCAUCCGAAAGAAGCUGUUUGGUUUUCUGGUGAGUCUUUGGCGCGCGUUUCCGCUCGUAUCCAGGCACUUUCACGACUAUCGCGCGUCUCUAAAGGGACAAUUCGUUGUUGCAAUCCCGCUCCAGCGUUCGCCAGCUACUCGCCGAGCAUCCAGCGUCAGUUUAUCUACAAGAAGUACCCGAAUCGACUCGAGAUACCAGACACGUACCGACGCUCGGUCGUGCUGCGGACAGUCGACUGCAUCCGUAUCACGCGAUAUGUUAUCGAGGCUGAAUUCAACACGAACGCCGCGAUUUCCAGUGGCCUAGUGUCGUCGUUGCAUUGUCUUCACAGCUCCAGUCGGUUUGAUUUCAACUCUCGUGGGGCGCUCGCUUCGGCGUGGGUAACAUUCUGGCGGCCGGUUCACCUCCCAGGGGAGUUUUGGCCGGACGAGCGUCCUAUACUGAACUUGUUGGGUCGUGCUGCUCCAUUCCGCCAGCCGCUGCAUGCUGUACGGGAUUAUUUCGGAGAGAAGAUCGGCUUCUACUUCGCGUGGAUUGCGUUCUACGGGAAAAUAAUUGUUAUUCCUGCGUUUGCUGCUGUCAUUGUGAUAAUUGGAGCAACACUUUCGUUGUCAGAGCUGGUGUUGGGAGCAUUGGUGAUUGCUUGGAGCUUUGGAUUCGCCAAGCUGUGGGAGCGUAGGAGUGUGUGGUAUCAGCUUCAGUGGGGGCCAUCGCUAUGCUCUGAGAUUGCUUCUCUUCAGCGACAACUAGAGUCAUGGAUAUGCGUCCUGGUACUGGGAAUUGCCAAUCUAUUGAUCGUACUCUCGAUGCUGCUCAGUCAAGGGGUGCUCGUUGAUGUUUACGGAGAGAAACUGGCAAUCCUUGCUAGCUGUGUAUGCCAAGCGUUCCUGGUUCAGUGGAAUAGUGCCUGCAUCCCUAGCGUGGCGCAUGCCUUAACUAGGUGGGAGUACCCUCGCUAUUCUAGCGACCAUCCCGCGUACCGAAGUUGUGUUGUCGCCAAGCUGUUCAUGUUGCAGCUCUUCAACACUUUUACUGGAUUAACGCUCUUGCUGCUGAGUAGCGUUGGUGGAUUGGAAAUUCUGGCGCAGUUUGUAGUCCCGCUCCGUCCUCUGUAUGUGUCGUACAACGCCCAAAUUGAAGGGCACGUUGGUAUCUUUAUCCAGAUGGAGACACUCAUACUCGCGCUGUUUGCAGCACAACUGUGCACACGCAUCGUCUUGAUUCUGUCUGCCGCCAAGCAGGAAACGACGCUGUCGACAUACCCGGGACCUGACAAGGACUACGCGCAGAUUGUGAUGCAACUUGGGCUGGUUGUCAUGUUUUCCAGUGCGUGCCCGUUGCUGCCGUUGCUCGCGUUGGCCGAUUGUGGUGUGAAACUCCGGCAAAACGCCCUGGAACUGUGUUGCAUUCGACAGCGACCGGAGCCUGAAGGAGUUCAAUCUGAUCAAGACAAUGACGAUGACAUCGGCCUUGGCUUAUGGGCCCCCUAUGUGCUGCUCAUGCUCAAAGUCUCAGUACCCAUAGCGCUUGCGAUUGUUGCGUUCACAGCGGACAACUUUGACGACGUCUCCAUCGAGCGCCGAGUGGGUUGGUGGCUGGUUGGAGUGCUGGGUAUUUGGCUGGUGGCCCAGCUUCUGUGGUUUUUGAUCCCACGCGAAAGUCGCCAGGCGGAGGAAGCUCGUGCGCGCAACACGUUCCUCGUUGAGCGGUACUUUGGCCACGCCGAAGAACCCCCUCCUUCUGCUCUGCAGUCACUGCAUCACUACGAGGAGCGUUUGGAGUUGCUGCAUCGGUUGAAC